AACCUCCUCCCACUGAGUGGACAAGGUCCAGUGGCCAUUGCUCUUACCAGGACAGCAUACUAGCAGUUGCUCUUGCCUUGGCUAUUAUUUGCAUAUGUUGCAAGGAGCAUAUCCAUCACUGCCACAUUUACCUUCCUCCUUUGGACUGAGCUGUGAGAUAUACCGAGGAGUGGCAAAAGCCCACCAGAGAGAAGGAAGCUUCUGCCAUGCUUGGCCUCCUCACUUCGCUCUUCUACUUCUGCCUCCUCUUUUCACUGGCCACCAGCUCUGCUGCUGAAAAUGAUGCUGUGGUGGUCACUAGCAGUGGCCCUGUCAAGGGUAAGCGUCUUCUGGUUGACUCCGGUACUGUGACUGCUUAUCUGGGCAUCCCCUAUGCAGAACCCCCCUUGGGGAAACUGCGUUUCCAGAAACCCCAUCCUCACCAGCCGUGGAGCCAAGUCUUGGAGGCUAACAACUAUGGCAACUCCUGCCCCCAGUUCAUUUUUUUGGGAUUCCCUGAUGCUGCCAUAUGGGCUGCCAAUACACCACUAUCAGAAGAUUGUCUCUUUCUCAACAUCUGGGUGCCCCAUCCACAGCCCUCCACACCAGCUCCUGUCAUGGUUUGGAUACAUGGAGGGGGAUUCAUCACUGGCACAGCUUCCCUUGACGUGUACAAUGGAGCAUCCUUAGCUGCUACUGAGAAGGUCAUUGUGGUCUCUCUGAAUUACCGCCUGGGAGUUCUAGGCUUCCUUUCAUUGCCCCCAGAUGCCCCAGGAAACAUGGGCCUGUUGGAUCAACAGUUGGCCCUGAGGUGGGUGAAGGAGAACGCAGCUGCCUUCGGAGGAGAUCCUUCUCGGGUGACCAUGUUUGGCCACAGUGCUGGAGCAGCUUCAGUGGGCCUUCACCUCCUCUCACCAGGCAGCCAGCCUCUUUUUGCCCAAGCUGUGCUGCAGAGUGGAACUCCCGGUGCUGUCUGGGCUUGGAUGAGUCCUGAGGUAGCCAAGCAAAGAGCCCUUGCUUUGAGCCAGUUGCUGGGUUGUCCUCAAGGCAAUGACAGUGUUGUGGUGAGCUGCCUGCAGCAAGUGGAAGCAGCAAAAUUCGCUCCAUAUGAGUUGUCCAAGAUGGCAAGUGAGCUGCUUCUGGAUCUUCCCUUCUCACCAACCACAGAUGGGGAGUUCCUGCCUGACGAGCCACAAAAGCUUCUGGGGUCUGGGCACAUUCAGGCCAAAUCAAUCCUCAUUGGUGCCACCGCCAAUGAAGGGACUACUUUUGUGCGGUAUAGUUUUCCCGAAGCGGUGGAUGGGCUACUCACUUGGGAGCAGCUCCUGAAAGCAGUGAAGAUGACAGUGCGAAGGGCAACUGAGCCAGUUAUUCAGGCUGUGGCACUGAAAUACAGUGAAGAGGACAGAGGCAUAGCACGAUAUCGAUGGGCGAUGUCACAGUUGUGCAGUGAUUACUUCUUUGUAUGCCCAGUUGCUGAGAUUGCUGCAAAGGUGGCUGAAGCGGGGAAUCCUGUGUACGCUUACUUGUUUACUCACCACACCCCUGGCUCCUUUUGGCCCGAAUGGAUUGGGGCGCCCCACGGUGCUGAGCUGCCUUACUUAUUUGGAACCCUUGCAUCAGUGCUGAGACCCAAUCAGACAUAUACGGAGGCUGAGGCUGCACUGAGCCGAAAGAUGAUGCGCUACUGGGCAGGGUUUGCCAGAAAUGGGAAUCCCACGGGGUCAGCAGCCAGUGAGGUGCAGUGGCCACUCUACAACGCCACAGAGCAGAACUUCUUCCACCUUGGCACUGAGCCGCCCCAGGUUGUACAGACAUCCCCUGCUCGAUAUUGUGGUUUCUUGGAAGCACAAAAGGCUGCCCAGCCAAACAAAGCCAAAGGAGACCCUGUUUCACCAAGCAAGGAGGAAGAUGGGAAGGAAUCAAUAACUGAAUAGGAGGAAUUUCCAUGGAAGGUGCUGCUGAGCUUGAACAAAAAACAUUUUCAACAGGCCUGGAAAAGUGACAAGAUAAGCAGAAGAAAACUUUCUGUACUGAUCAAUAAGGCUCCAUUGCCUAUACAGGACUUGCUAGGAAUGAUCUCAUUAACAAAGAUAUAAUUAAAGCACAAGCCUAAUUAUGUUGUAUGAGUGUACAUAUUUCCAUGUGUAUGACUGUACCUAUGUCAUUUUAAAAGUGAACUUGGGUACAGGCCCCUCAAAUGCAUGAUAUAACUAGGAAGUGUGUUCACUGUAAUGUGUGAAUAACUGUACCUGUGUACAGAUCUGUGCCUGCGUACACUGUACACUCAUAUGAGUGUUGAACAUAAUGUGUGAAUAGGGCUGUGCAGUUGUGUAUCCAUGACACUCAUGAUCCUUGUGGCUGAGCACCCAGCAAAGGAACUGUUUUAUAGUUUUGAGAACAGCCUGUGUUUUUUCUAGCUGCUUGGCAUCCAUAGUACACAGAGAAAGCCAAUAAGCAUAUCUUGGAAGUUCCUUGUGUAAAUAUAUUGGUAUGAAACAUGACAUCUAAAAUUGAAAUUUGAAUUAAGUAUUGGGAAAUAUCAA